UUGAAAUUUAUUAAAUAAGACAAAAUCACCAUCUGUCAGAUAUUACCCAUCUUCAAGCGGAUAUGCAACAGGUCGUCCUUGAGUUACAAUAGCAAUUGGAAUCAGAAUUUCCUUCGCUAAGCAAAAAUAGUUUUAAAACAUGAUAUCAAGUGAUUGUAUCUGCAGUUCCUGUUGCCAUCAUUAAGCAAGGAAGAUCAUGGGUUGUUAAGUGAGUAUCUCAACACAACUUCCUGCUAGCUUCCAACAACCAAAAUCAGUGGGGAAACCAGCAGGAAGUUGCAAGUCCUGAGUGGCUCACAGUCAGGCUGCCAAGUAGAUAAGUGGCUGCUGACCACUUGCUGACCAUGGGGUACAUGGAUGGUCAGGGAGAUGCAGGUUAACUGUGGCACGUAAUGGGAUGGCUGCUGCGAAUGGGAAGGGUUUGCAAAUGGCCAGCAUGGCAUGAGUGCAAAGGGACUGAGGGAGGGUGCGUGGGUGGGGAAGACUCAUCCAAGCAACAUGUGAUCUUCCCUGCAGGUUUCCCCAUUGACUUUGGUUGUGGGAAGCCAGCAAGGAAUAUCACAAAUUGUGAACUUGUAACCUAUGUAAUGCUGCAACUGUUGUAAAUACCAGUCAGUUGCCAAAUGCCCCAAAUUGCAAUUUCAUGCCCGCAGGGCUGCUGGGAUGGCCAGAACUUUUCAGGACUGAUCAUAACCACCACUUGUUCAGUACUGCCAUAACACUGAAUGUUUGCUAAAUGGGUGGGUGCUAAAUAAGGCUACCUGUAUUCUGAUACAGUUAUUAGGACACACCACUGCUUCAGAUUAAAUAUUUCAAGUGCAUUCUAGAGUGGAAGUUUAGGUAGUUCAGAGUUAUGAGAUUGGGACCAGAAUUUUCAUCAUAAAUCAACCUAACUGAAUCCAAUCUUUUUAGUGUUUUCAUGGUAGUCAUGAAAGGAAUCACAUAAUCGUUAACCAAAUUAAUUACCUUGAAUGGGCGUGUAGUCAAAACAUUGUGAAUAUCGGUCAUGUGACUGGGACCUGCAACCAGCCAUAAAUACGUGGUUGUCAGGCACCCAAAAUGCUGUCAUGUGACCAUGAGGUGUGGGGAAGGCGCAACAUUUUACAAUGGCUAGUGCUUUAUGGGCCAUAAAGCACCUUUCCAAGGCCAUUGAAAUUUGAACAGUUGUUAAACAACCGUUCAUAAGUCAAGGACUACUUGCAUAUCCCCUGAGGACAAUCUCUUAAAGGCAGUGGCCUCUUUUCCCAAAUUAGGCAGCUACAAUUUUAAUAUGUUGGCAACAAAUGUGACAUUUCUUUUCUAGCAUGCUCAAAAGCAGAUUGUGUAUGUCAAAUCUGAAAUGCUGCACAGCUCUUGUUAUGAUACCUAUAUGAGAAUAAAAAGUUAUUCUCCUGUCAUUAAUUUCUGAAAAGUAAAUUGAAGUAGUUGAGUUUUGUUUGUGGGGUUUCCCGAAAAACUCACACUGCACAAUUAGCCUAACUCAUAUAUAUUUCUGUUGUUUUCAUCCUGAUAGCUACAUAUUCUAUCUAGAAAUUUAUCACUACAUAGCUAUAGUAGAGGUAAUAAUAGAAUGUCAAAGCAUGCACUCAUUUCCUUUGCAUAGUAUAGUCUGUAAUAAGAUAAAAUAUCAAAAAUUCAUCUUACUCAUCUCCUUUAAGUUGGGCUGUCCUCUUUUCAAGUGUUAUACCAGGCAAAAGUACAUUUGUACUUUUGAGCUCUAGAGAUGUUUAAAAUGUUCUAUUACAGAACAUUCCAGAAACCUCAGACAUCACCUAUUCUGACAUCAGAAGACACUCAAUUUCCAGAACACUCGAAAUCACCCAUGACUGAACAUUUUAUGUAUGUCAAUUGGGCUUUUGCCAUAUGUGAAGAUAUUUGAUGUUGGUUGCUGGCAUCACAAGGAGAUGACUGAGAUGCUGGGUUUUGUUUUUGCUUUAUGGUUUCUGUAGUUCUGGAUUUUACUGUUUUCCUCAACUGCCCAGAAAGUUGUGUUUGUAGAUGGGCAGCCAUACAAAUAUUUUAAAUAAAUUACCCUCUAAUCUUUUUCCAAGCCAUAUGUGAUCUUUAAGCACCUUGCAGGGAUCUAUAUAUGUGGUUUUUCAGAAGAAUAGACAGAUGUUGCUAUUUGAUGAUGUUAAAGGUAUUGGAAGCUGUUCCUAGUAAAGGUGUCGUUUGCAAUUUGACUGGCUGUGAUUUUGUCAAUGCAGAUGUUAUUUAAGUGAAGCUCCAGGUGUUUUGGGAUUGCACCUGUUACUAUUGGUACCACCUUCCGCUUAUAUUUGCAGGUUGUUGUCAUUGUUAAUUAAAUUUACAUGCCUCCCAAUUCCCAACAACUCUGGGUGGUUUACAAAUAUUUCAUUUAUAUGAAAUAAAUUGAAACAAUAGUAAAUAUGAUUAUUCAGCAAAUAUUUACACUCCUUAGAAUGAGGUCACCAUGAACCCUUUUGUCUAACUUACUCCUGCAAAAAUUCAAAUUAAAACAUCUUUGACAGGUGUCUGCCUAGCCUCCAUCUCAACUCCCACCUUCCUAGAAAGUUGGUUCCUCUCAUAAAUGAACUUAAAUCUAUUAUUUUGUGCCCUGCCAUUUUCGGAAUAGGUCUUUUCUUUCCCCCGAGUGAUAUCUAUUUAGGUAUUAUAUUAAACAUUUUACUCCCAAGGAAACACACCUAUAGAGCAGCAACCUUAUGCCUCAGGGAACAAUCCGCAUUACAAAGAGCAAAAUUGGUUUCCAAGUCAGAUUACUGAGAACCGAAUGAUGUUACGGAAUGUCCUAAAAGUCUGAUACUCCGGUUUCUUCUUCUUUGUCCACCCACUUCCUAUUAACUCACAGAUCCAGUUCUGCAGGGGCAACAAACCCAGUUCUAAAGUUUUCCACGCGCUACAAAGUACUAUUGUGCAAUGCUACCUUCGCAGCACUACUCACUCUCCCUCGGAAGGAGGAAAGAAAAACUCUCCCGCUAUUUUAUGGCGGAGGCUUGGGGCGAGGGGGGUGGGUGGGAUCGUGUGCAUUCUUUUCAUCUCCCCGCUCUUUUGCGCCUUUUUAAUUUUUUUUGCCUCGGAUCCUGCAGGGGUCGCUGCUACCUCACUUUGAGGACGGCCUCUCCCCUCCGCUCGGUGGCGGGGUCUCGCGGAACGGAGGACUCGUUGCCGCCAUUUUGAAGCUGACGGAAAAGGGGGGGGGGGACCGCGGUGAGCUGCGGAAGGCGAUUGGCUGCGUUGGCGAGCGACGGCGGUAGCGGCGGCUGCUCCAGCCUAGCCUAGCCUAACGCGGCGGGCCGGAGAGGAGCGCGAGGGGCUUCGCUCUGCCUCGUCUCCGCUGGUGGAAGAAGCAGAAACGGCGACGGCAGUCAGCCGCGGAAAGGUUUAAAAUAGCACUAUGGCUCAUUCAAAAACAAGAGCCAAUGAUGGAAAAAUUACAUACCCUCCAGGAGUUAAAGAGAUAUCUGACAAAAUUUCAAAAGAAGAGAUGGUACGAAGAUUAAAAAUGGUUGUAAAAACUUUUAUGGAUAUGGACCAGGACUCCGAAGAAGAAAAAGAGUUGUAUCUAAAUCUUGCUUUACAUCUUGCUUCUGAUUUUUUUCUUAAGCAUCCUGACAAAGAUGUGCGCUUGCUUGUUGCAUGUUGUCUCGCUGAUAUUUUUAGAAUAUAUGCUCCUGAAGCACCAUAUACUUCGCCUGAUAAGCUUAAGGAUAUAUUUAUGUUCAUCACAAGACAACUGAAAGGAUUAGAAGAUACAAAAAGCCCACAAUUCAACAGAUAUUUUUAUUUAUUAGAGAAUAUUGCAUGGGUUAAAUCCUACAACAUAUGCUUUGAACUAGAAGAUAGCAAUGAAAUUUUUACGCAACUGUACAGAACGUUGUUUUCUGUGAUCAACAAUGGUCAUAACCAGAAGGUUCAUAUGCAUAUGGUAGAUUUGAUGAGUUCUAUCAUUUGUGAAGGUGAUACAGUAUCGCAAGAGCUUUUGGAUACAGUUUUAGUUAAUCUAGUCCCUGCACAUAAGAAUUUAAACAAACAAGCAUAUGACUUGGCAAAAGCUUUACUGAAGAGAACAGCCCAGGCUAUUGAACCAUACAUUACUAAUUUCUUUAAUCAAGUACUUAUGCUAGGAAAAACAUCCAUCAGUGAUCUCUCAGAGCAUGUUUUUGAUUUAAUUUUGGAGCUAUAUAAUAUUGACAGCCAUCUUUUACUCUCAGUUUUGCCACAGCUUGAGUUUAAACUUAAGAGCAAUGACAAUGAGGAACGACUCCAGGUUGUAAAACUUCUUGCAAAAAUGUUUGGAGCAAAAGAUUCAGAGCUGGCAGCUCAGAACAAACCCCUUUGGCAAUGCUACUUGGGAAGAUUUAAUGAUAUACAUGUACCCAUCCGUCUUGAAUGUGUGAAAUUUGCCAGUCACUGCCUUAUGAACCAUCCAGAUCUAGCAAAAGAUCUAACAGAAUAUCUUAAAGUGAGAUCUCAUGACCCUGAAGAAGCUAUUAGGCAUGAUGUUAUUGUAUCAAUAGUUACUGCUGCUAAGAAAGAUCUCCUACUUGUGAAUGAUCAUCUACUUAAUUUUGUGAGAGAACGGACACUUGACAAACGGUGGAGGGUGAGAAAAGAAGCUAUGAUGGGACUUGCACAGAUAUACAAGAAAUAUUCUUUACAGUCAGAAGCUGGAAAAGAAGCUGCUAAACAAAUUGCUUGGAUUAAGGACAAAUUAUUACAUAUAUAUUACCAAAACAGUAUUGAUGAUCGAUUGCUGGUAGAACGAAUCUUUGCUCAGUAUAUGGUUCCACACAAUUUGGAAACAAAUGAAAGGAUGAAAUGCUUAUACUAUCUUUAUGCAACACUUGAUUCUAAUGCUGUUAAGGCAUUGAAUGAAAUGUGGAAAUGUCAAAACUUGCUGAGGCAUCAAGUAAAAGAUUUGGUUGAUUUAAUCAAACAGACAAAGUCGGAUGCCAGCAGCAAAGCUAUAUUUUCCAAAGUGAUGGUAAUAACAAGAAAUUUGCCAGAUCCUGGCAAAGCGCAGGAUUUCAUGAAGAAAUUUACUCAAGUUCUGGAAGAUGACGACAAAAUAAAGCAUCAGUUGGAAAUGCUUGUUAGCCCAACUUGUUCAUGCAAACAAGCUGAAGGAUGUGUGCGUGAAAUUACAAAGAAGUUAGGCAAUCCCAAGCAACCUACAAACCCUUUUCUGGAAAUGGUAAAGUUCCUUUUAGAGAGGAUAGCUCCCGUGCAUAUUGACACCGAAUCCAUCAGUGCCCUUAUUAAACAAGUAAACAAAUCCAUAGAUGGAACAGCAGAUGAUGAAGAUGAAGGUGUCCCUACUGAUCUGGCAAUCAGAGCAGGUCUUGAAUUGCUUAAGGUUCUUUCGUUUACCCACCCUAUCUCAUUCCAUUCAGCUGAAACAUUUGAAUCACUCCUGGCCUGUUUGAAAAUGGAGGAUGAAAAAGUAGCUGAAGCUGCAUUACAGAUUUUUAAGAACACAGGAAGCAGAAUUGAGGAGAAUUUUUUACACAUCAGAUCAGCUUUGCUUCCAGUUUUGCAACAUAAAGCUAAAAAAGGUCCUCCUCGACAGGCCAAGUAUGCCAUUCACUGCAUCCAUGCAAUAUUCUCCAGUAAAGAAACACAAUUCGCACAGAUAUUUGAGCCACUACAUAAGAGUCUCGAUCCAAGUAAUCUGGAACAUCUGAUUACACCACUGGUUUCCAUUGGCCACAUAGCCUUGCUGGCACCUGAUCAGUUUGCUGCCCCGCUGAAAUCUUUGGUGGCUACAUUUAUAGUUAAAGAUUUGUUAAUGAGUGACAGGAUGCCAGGGAAAAAAACAACUAAGCUAUGGGUGCCAGAUGAAGAAGUUUCUCCUGAGACUCUUGUCAAGAUGCAGGCAAUUAAGAUGAUGGUUCGAUGGUUACUAGGAAUGAAGAAUAACCACAGUAAAUCAGGAACAUCUACAUUAAGACUAUUAACAACAAUCUUGCACAGUGAUGGAGAUCUAACUGAACAGGGGAAAAUUAGCAAACCUGAUAUGUCUCGUCUAAGGCUAGCUGCUGCUAGUGCUGUUGUUAAGCUGGCACAGGAACCUUGUUAUCAUGAAAUCAUCACAUUAGAACAAUACCAACUGUGUGCAUUAGCUAUCAAUGAUGAGUGUUACCAAGUUAGACAAGCAUUUGCUCAGAAACUUCACAAAGGCCUAUCAAGACUCAGGUUACCACUGGAAUAUAUGGCUAUUUGUGCAUUGUGUGCAAAAGACCCAGUAAAGGAGAGAAGAGCUCAUGCCAGACAGUGCCUAGUAAAAAACAUAAAUGUGAGAAGAGAAUAUCUAAAGCAGCAUGCAGCAGUUAGUGAGAAACUUUUGUCUCUUCUACCAGAGUAUGUUGUUCCAUACACUAUCCAUCUUCUGGCACAUGAUCCUGAUUAUGUCAAAAUCCAAGACAUUGAACAACUAAAAGAUAUUAAAGAAUGUUUGUGGUUCAUACUAGAAAUAUUAAUGGCUAAAAAUGAAAAUAAUAGUCAUGCAUUUAUCAGAAAAAUGGUAGAGAAUAUUAAACAGACAAAAGAUGCUCAAGGACCUGAAGACACAAAAAUGAAUGAAAAACUUUAUACAGUAUGUGAUAUAGCAAUGAACAUCAUAAUGUCAAAGAGCACAACAUAUAGUUUGGAAUCUCCCAAAGACCCUGUACUACCAGCUCGAUAUUUCACUCAACCUGACAAAAAUUUCAGUAAUACCAAAAACUAUUUGCCUCCAGAAAUGAAAUCAUUUUUUACUCCAGGAAAGCCCAAAGCAGCCAAUGUUCUUGGAGCAGUUAAUAAGCCCCUUUCAUCAGCAGGCAAGCAAUCUCAAUCCAAAUCUUCUCGGAUGGAAACUGUAAGCAAUGCCAGUAGCAAUUCAAACCCAAGUUCACCUGGAAGAAUCAAAGGAAGGCUCGAUAGCACUGAGCUAGACCACAGUGAAAAUGAAGACUAUACAAUGACAUCAUCUCUGCCAGGAAAGAAGAAUGAUAAAAGAGAUGAUUCUGAAAUCUCAGAGCUGGAAAAGCCCAGAAGUAGAAAGAAAAUGAUUACAGAUCCUGAGGAAAAGUUGGGUAUGGAUGAACUGAACAAAUUAGGACAAGAAUCAAAACUUAGAAGUAGCCAGCGAGGCAGAAAAAGGGCUGCGGUUAUUUCAGAGUCCGAGGAACCCCAGUGGUCAGAGGAAAAGAGAUUAAAAGACAGUAUCUUAGAAAGUGAAGAUGAACAAAACAGUCCACCAAAGAAGGGAAGAAGAGGGCGACCUCCAAAGGCCGCCACAGGAACCAUACAAAAAGAAGAAUCAACAGUAAAAACAUCUAAACGAGGGAGAAAAAAAGCUGCACCAGUUAAACCUAUGGAGGAGGAGGAAGAAGAAGAAGAGGAAGAAGAGGAGGAGGAAGAGGAGGAAGAAAGGCAGAUAGACAGUAUAGAACCGAAGUCAAAAGGUCGACAGUACAAAGCACCCAAAAAAUCACAACAAAGAUCUGAAUCAUCAGAAAUAAGCACAGCUGAAUCCAACCAGUCUACACCACAAAAAAGACGAGGAAGACCACCAAAAGUUCCACCCACUCAGCAGAAGAAAGGAGGAGCUGGACGAUCAAAACAAACAGCAAGCAAAGAAAAUGAAUCUAGCGAAGAGAUGGACGUAUUUCAAAGUAGUUCUCCCAUUCACGAUAUUCCUCAAGAAGUAACAAUGGAAGAGGAGGAAGUGUCCUCAAUCAGAGUUCGUCGGAGGACAUCUAAAAGGGAAAGGCGAUGAAGAGUCAUGCUCCUGCCAUUUUUAAGUGAUGUCACUCUUAUCAUUUGCAAACUUUUAGGCUGAAGAGAAUUGUUGAUGCUCACAAUGGGAUUGCUGAAGAAAUUAAAUCACUCUAUUUCCUGCUCCUGCUUUUUGAUGCUCCUAGGUCAUGAGCAUAAUCCACACAUAUGUUUAUAUCAUUAACUAUGGGGUUUUGUGAAAUGUAACGUAUGCUGGUUAUAUAGACAAAAGAACUAAAAAAAACCUGUCUGUAAAUAAUCCUUUUUUAAAAAAAUAUUUCUGACUUAAAAGUGCUUGUAUAGCUUUUAUCACGGCUUUACACAACAGUACCAGACUGUUUGGUGGAGCUAUUGAUUUGGGAAAAAAGACAAAAAAAAGUAAGAAUGGGUAUCAAGCAAUAUUUGUCAGUGUCUGUAUUCUUAUUUUUCUUGGCAUUUAACUGUGAAAAAAAUCACUUUGACAAAAUAGGGACACUUGCUCUGGCACUAUUUGUUAAAUAAAAAAAAUGCAUUCUCUUUAUGUAUCUAAUUCAGUGUUUACCUUUGGCAGUUGUCUGUCUUUGGAGGUGCCAAAUUGCUUUUAAACAAUGUG